UUCAGUCUGAACUAACUCCAUCUCUUCAGUAUCCACCCCCUUGAGGAUCGGGAUCGGACUGCCUUUGGGUUCGACUGUUAUCACUUGUAUCCAUCGCCCAGUCCAUGGCAUUGGUCCGGGGAUUGGAGAGACAUCGCCCGGCCUAGACUAGCCACCAGACCCGAGGUAGUCCCACACCCCGACCAGCGCCUUUGUGGUCCCUGGAUUACGCGAUUGAACCGAGGCCCUCCCCCCCAUCCAUUUAACGGGGGGACGACUGGAACCACACCGGGGUCCGGGAUCCGGGAACCGGGCGACGGUUGGAUUGAGCCAGUGUGGGUGGGUGGGUUAGACCCCGGGCCAGCCAUUGAUUGGCCUGCCCAACUGCUCAACCUACACCCGGGGAGCGCAGGUCAUUAUCACGAUGUUGUCGGCGCAGGCUGAGAACCCAAAUCCAUAUUUUGGCUCGAGCGGUGGGCGGAGCCAUCCCUUGGACCCGCCACUCCGACUACCCACGCCCCCCGUUUCGGCCUCGCCUUCCCCUCCGCCCACCAUUCAUCCGGUCAUCAGUCCGGCCGUGCGGCCCACGCCGCCCACCUCUUUGCGGCCCACGCUUCGCGCACCCACUCGACCCGUGCCCCCAAGGAUUCUCGAGCCGCAUGUGUUGGUCAUUCAUAAAACCGAAACGGGCUUUGGGUUCAACGUCAGAGGUCAAGUGAGUGAAGGUGGCACGCUCAAAUCCAUCAAUGGCGAGUUGUACGCCCCGCUUCAACACGUGUCCGCCGUGUUGGAGGGCGGAGCGGCUCAAGUGGCUGGGGCCUUCAAAGGCGAUCGCAUCCUAGAGGUCAAUCACGUGGCGGUCGAAGGGGCCACACACCGUCAAGUAGUGGAGCUUAUCAAAUCCUGCGGCGACACCCUCACGCUCACUGUGAUAUCGGUCACGCAGGAAGAGGCUGACCGCUUGGAACCCAACGACGACAUGAGCACUUACCCGGCCGUGGAUUACACCGAGAAACGAUCUCUACCCAUUAGUAUCCCGGACUAUCGCUACAUUGACCAUGAUGGCGAGCGUUUUGUGGUCUUCAACAUUUACAUGGCUGGUCGUCAACUGUGCUCCCGACGCUACAGUGAAUUUGUCAUCCUCCACAAUAACCUGAAACGAGAGUUCUUGGGUUUCAAUUUCCCUCGACUUCCUGGAAAAUGGCCUUUCGUAUUAAGCGAGCAAAAACUCGAUGCUCGUCGACGAGGCUUGGAGCAAUAUUUGGAACGAGUCUGUGCCAUACGAGUUAUAGCCGAAUCUGAACUCAUGCAAGAGUUCCUCACCGAAACAGAAGAUGAGAUUGGAAAUUUUCCAUUAGUGGAUUUGAAAGUGAUGUUACCAAAUAAAGACGUGGUUACCGUUCAAGCCAGACGGAAUUCAUCCUCCGCCGAUGUUUACCGAUUAGUGGCUGCCGAGGCCGGAAUCAGGCCUGAGAAUCAAGAUUUCUUCUGUCUCUAUGAGAUCGUGGAGCAUAACUUUGAGCGCAAAGUUCAGCCCAAUGAAUAUCCUCAUUCGUUAUACAUUGCCAACUAUAGCACCGCCGCUGCUACAUGUCUGAUUGUGAAACGGUGGCUCUUCGAUCUGGAGACGGAAAAGGCCCUCUAUGACGAUCCAGUGGCUUUGGAUUUCCUAUUUCGCCAUGCUAUUGAGGUGGUUAAUCGUGGCCAGGUGUGCACAGAGGACAAACUCUACCAGCUCAAGGCCUUGCAAGAAUCAUGCAAGCAAGUUGAAUAUCUCAAUUUGAUCCGUCAGAUGGAAGGCUACGGAAGUGUGGUCUUCCCACAUUGUGCAUGUGAUUCUCGUAAAGAUGGGCGCGUCAUUCCCAUUAUCAGUUUUGAAGGAUUCAAACUGCAAGCCUGUCAAGAAGAUGGUACCGAAGAGAAUCAAGUUAUUGAGUUCAUGUGGAGUAGUGUCAUGCAAUAUGAUCUGGACGAUGAGGCCAUGAUGUUUUGUUUUCAAUAUCAACGAGAGAACAAAGGACCUCGAUGGGUGAAAAUAUUCUCGAAUCACUACGUCUUCAUGUAUGAAUGUUUCGAACGCAUUCAAGAAGAACAACAAUGGCGACACCGCAUCCUGCAGCAACAUAAAAAGGCUUCUAGCAAUGACAUUCAUAACCACGUUGAGCCUCAAGGCAAUCCCAAGCCCGAACCACGUCUUAACAGGAAAGAAAUCCACCCUGAACAUCAAAAUCAACUCUGUUCCGCGCCCGAAGAAGAACCCGAUGAAGACGAUACCGAAAGAAAAGACAACUAAGAGGAGUCACAUAGCAACGUUUAGACCAUGCUUUUACCUAGAUCCGUUCACCCUGUUCCACUUUUGCUUUGCUCAAGCUCGUUUUCACCGCCCUUUCCCAUUAUCACCCACCACUUAGUACUUAUUGGUAUGCAGAAUAUCAUACCAAGUUCAAUCAAUCCUUUCUGAAUACCCUUGUAAUGAGAAUGAAAAGAGAAAAUGAGUGCGACACCACAUAAUUGGUUAACCUUCGAGAAUGGGAAAUUCCCAGCGACGGAAAAAAAUUGAAAUUAAUUUGUCAAAAAAACAACACCUGAUUAUUUAAAUAUUAUUAUUAUUAGUAGUAGUAGUAUCAUUAUAAUUCUUACCAUCAUCCAAUGACUUUUGUGUAGAGUAUUAUGUGAUAUCGAUCUGACGGAAGCAAGGUACAUUAUUACUUAGUGACGAGUGCAAAAAUACAUACACAAACACACAUUAACACACAUCCAAACACACCUGCUUGAAUUCAUAGUUCUAAUCAAAUUGAGUCGUGCGUAAGCGAUUGAUUGGCUUGGUUUUGAACACACUAAGAAUUUGUUUUUUGUCGUUCAGCCAUGGUACUUGGUGCUUAAAGAUAAGAAAAUCAUGAUUUCCCUCUAGAACGAGUUUGAUGACCGGUUACUUUGUUGUUAAAAACCCAUUCCAUCAUUCUAUACGUGUAUCAUUGAUUGAAUAGUUAGAUCCCAAUAAAUUCAUGCUGAGAAA